AUGGCGGUUGAUUUUAUUGCUCCAAAUGUGAUUGAUGGAGAUAUUGAGAUAAGCAUUGAUGACACGGAUGUAGCACAGGAGCUGGAGUUCUGGGAAAAUGCUAUGAUUCUCUUUGCUUUAGGAGGAAAUCUCACGAUGAAUGCAGUGAAGAAGUUCAUGGAAAGCUCAUGGAACUUUGUUGUGUUACCAAAUCUGUACUACAAUGAAGCUGGUUACUUCAUUGUGCGUUUCAGGAGCUAUGAAGACAUGGAGAAAAUCAUGGCUCAGGGACCAUAUUUCAUAUUUGGGAAACCUAUCUUUUUGAAACCAUGGUCGCCUGACUUUGAAAUUACGGAGGAUGUUCUACGAGUGCUGCCCAUAUGGAUCACGCUCCCUAAUCUCCCUCUUCACCUAUGGGGAAAGAGUAGCAUCUCGAAGAUCUCUAGUGUUGUUGGCAAGCCUAUCACCACCGAUGAAUGCACGGCUAAAAAGUUGAGGAUCUCCUAUGCUAGGGUGCUGGUGGAAGUGGAUAUCACACAAAAGCCUAGGGAUACCAUUUGUAUUAAGGAUCAUGUGGGGAAGAAAUUUGAACAAAAAAUUGAGUACGAAUGGAGACCAAGUUAUUGUCACUCAUGUUUGCGAGUUGGACACGAUUGCUCCCAACAGAAGACCAAACAGGCCCCUAAAGUGUGGAAAAUGAAAGAGAAGGCUGAAGAAUUGAAGCAAGGGGAGAUUGUGGAAACUCAUAACACAACUGCAGGACCAAGCCAUACGAAAAUAGGGGUGUUAGAGGAACACAAGGAAGCAUCUACUGAUGAGAACUGGACAAUGGUUACCAAGAAGGGCAAAACAAUUAUGGCAACACCUAAGAAUGACAAUCCUGUGCUAUUUACAAACCCGUUUACCCACCUUAGGAUUGGAGAUGGUCCUAUAGGAGGGCAUAGCCCUGAUAAAUGA